AUGUUCCCUUCCGAAGAGCCGCAGAGGACCGGCCUUGACACCGCCGAAGAACUCCAUCCCACAGAGUUUCUGUCCGAUAGAGCGGAGAAACCAUUGGUGAAAGCCCACGUUGGGAUCAAGGAGCUUCGACAGGCCAUACCAGCUCAUUGCUUCAAGCCUAACCAUUUCUGGUCAUUUUUCUACCUCCUCCGCGAUCUUUCCUACGCAACACUGCUCUGUUAUCUCUAUGCAAAGAUUUCGGAAUUCGGCUGGGAAGCGCCGUACUUGUACAUCAACGCCUUUUCCACGAUAAGCGCCGUGAACGACAUCAUUGGCUUCAUUCUUCACUCCUUUCUCCUUGCCCCGUACUUCUCCUGGAAGUCGACUCAUCGCCGUCACCAUAUCUACGCUGGAAACAUGGGGAAAGAUCACAACUACGUGCCGCCUCUUCGAAAUGAGUACGCAGCUAAGCUCAGCUUGGAGCCUGGAAAGCUAGACGAGCUUGGCGAAGAUGCACCUGCCUGGCUUUUCUUCAGAAUCGUACUGCAACAAACUGUCGGCUGGGUCUGGUAUGUCCUGACCAACAUCGCGUGCGCGCCGUCUGCCGUAAUUAAACCAGGAAUGCCAUUCUGGCGACAUAGUCACCUGGAUCCUUGGGGAUCCUUGUUUAGGAGUUCCGAAGUCACCGCCGUCAUUAUUUCCGAUAUUGGAUGCUUCAGCACGCUCGUCGGGCUUUGGCUGUUGUACAAGUACACCGGAACAUUUUCAGAUGUCUUCUGGCUGUGGAUUGCACCAUGGAUGUGGGUUAAUCACUGGAUUGAUAAGUAA